AUGGCCCUUUUCUUUUCUGAAAGAAGAAGACAAAGACACGCUGCUGCUGCUGCUACUGCUGCUGCUACUGCUGCUGCCGGCACCCACGAAACCCGGAAGCCUCUUCCCGAUUUAACUGUUAAGACCGUUGUUUGUGUUUCUGGUCCUUUCAAUGUGCAGAAAAACCCAAUGCUUACUCCUGUUGAGGGACUUUCCUCACGUGCUGUUCCAAGAACUUUCUCAGCCAACACUUCAGGUAUUUCCGGCGCCUCUUUGAAUAAGUCUUCGUGUUCCAACUACCUCAGAAAAGCGUCAACUUCAACUACUAUUUCUUCCGUCUCAUCUUCUUCUCUCACAGCUAUUGCAAAUCCAAAAGGAAAUCUCAGUAAUAACGUCAAUGCUGAUGCCAAUAACGAAUUGCCAAUUCUCGUCUGCACUUGUUCGUUCAAAGGAGAAUCCCAGAACGAACUGGAUGUUCAUAUUGGUGAAACCCUUAGGCUUCUAUCCAAGUCGGUGGUUAAUGGUUGGAUUUUUGCUCACUCUAUAGACUGUAAGGAGCGGACUGGUUGGAUUCCUAAAGAUUGUGUUAAGAUCUUGGACAUGAUGUCCACCUACUCCUACGGAGCAGCGCGGUCGUUUAGUGGUUCUAGUUCCAGCUCUCUCCCUCUUGCAGCGUCUAGUUUACCCUCUCCCGCUCUCUCUGUCAAAUCUCCUCUACAUGGCUCUGCACAUUCUUGGGUUCAACCUCAGUCUCAGCUCCAUCGCUCGCAACAGCAGUUAGAAACGCCUCCUGGUACACCUCUUAUCGGCCCUCUCGACAGUAAGCCACACCCGAGCGCUUCUCGAAGCGCUACAACCCCUCCAAUGUCCACUACACAGAGUUUCGGCAGGCUUAUCUCCGUCCUAGAAGGAUCCGCAUCUCCUACCGCGUCACCCUUUGAAAGCAAAUACUCUGUAGCCUCUGAUUUCCCCUACAAGAACAUUUCUGUCUGUUCUGUUCAUUGCACCAACAAUAGGUACUGGUAUAGAGUGGAUACCCUGAACGCUUCUACCCAAAUUCACUUAUGUCGAUUCUACCAGGACUUCUACGAUUUGCAAGUGGAGAUCUUAGAGAACAGAGAGCUAAUCGGUGACGACUUUAAAGACCUGCCAAAGCUUCCAAGUCUUAUUUCUCCCACUGAUAACUUUUCUCAAAGUAAUAUGACCUCUCGUUGUAUCGGCCUCAAUCGCUACUUGCACACUAUUAUGUCUAGAAUUGAAUACACCCAUAAUCAGUUGCUUUACUGCAUUCUGAUGGCGUGGCUUGAUAUCAGAUCGGGAGACUUUGAGCACACUUCGCACCUGCCUGAUCACGAGAUAAUUAGGCUUCUGGAACCUAAGCACAUGCGGAAAAGAAUCGACUUUUCUGCUGUUAAGGCCAGUGCUCAUUCCGCUCCAACAAUUCCUAUCCCUUCUCCUAAAAGUGAGUCUGACUCGACUCCAUUGGCUUCAAUGAAUAAUGGUGAUCGGCUGAAUAUAGAUGACCAGCCAACUUUUCCUCUUUUCUGCAACUCAUCGGUUGACGUCGUCUCUGAUUCUUCUGCCUAUGACGUUUCUUCCAUUCAAGACAAGGUUCCUCCAAGGUCGAUGUACCGCAGAGCCUCUAGUAACUCCAGUAGCAGUAUCAGUGGGAGUCGUGCACAUUCGCAUAGUGAUUCUCGUGUGCUAACGUUCAAGAUCUUCUAUAAUGAAGAGAUUCUUGUUUUGAAGCUAGCCAAAGGUACAAGCUUCCACGAUUUAAAACUGCAAAUUGCUAGCCAAAUCAACAAAUACCUUAGCGAUUUUCAGCUCACUUAUAGAGAUGGCAAAGCUGCAUUGUUCAAGCCCUUGAGAUCUAGCGUUGAUCUUUCGUUUUGUGCCAAAGAGGCUGUUAGGUUUGGUGCUAACAUUAUUACGCUAAAAGUCUCUAUGUGA